UCAAUUGUUUGUUAUUUUGUGGUAACAAUCUUGGGGUUGACAGUAGCAUAGUAGCUGAGAGUGAUAAUUUUGGUCGUGUACAUUUUCAUUUGACAAUUCUCCGUUUUUUGGAAAAUUAUAUCAUGACCGUUUACUAUCACAAAACAAGUUCAAAAUCAGCUACCAACUAAUUUUAUCCCAUCCAACCUCCUUCACAAUUUUCAGAAUGGCCGGACGUGUACCAGGAAUUUGCAACCCCAAAAAAACAACAGAUAACAGUUUUUACUACCUGGAGAAAGCAAAACAGUCAUGUGUAAAUAAGCAAUACAGUAUAGCUCACGAGAAUUUUGUGCUGUAUUUUGAAAGUCUGGAGGAUCCUCGGGAAUCCACCCUGGAGGUGCAGACAGUCUUUACAACACUUGUUUGCAAAAUGGGAAUGGUACUGGAGGAAAUAUGCGACUUCGAAGAGUUGUUGAAGGUUUAUCUUCAAGCUUUGAAUUUUUUCCCUGACAAUCAUAUAAUACUGACGAACUUGGGUGGUUACAUGUUCAGGGUUGCUGAAAUAGAUAUCGCCAGACGGUACCUUGAGCGUGCAGUGAAGGUCAAGAGUGACUACCUUCCAGCCGAGGUCAACCUGAUGCAUGCUAAGUGGUAUCAGAUUCCCCGAUGGCACUUCCGGAUGCUGAACGACAAGAGGAGGAACCUCGCUUACAACCAAGCCAUUACAGAGUGCAUCAAUCAGGGAUUCAAGAAUGUGUUUGACAUAGGAUCCGGUUGCGGAUUUCUCAGUCUAGCAGCUUUCAGACACGAGGAUACAGACGUGACUGCUUUUGAAGAGAACAAGAUAUUGUUUUACAUGUCCAAAGAGAUAUAUAUGGCAAAUGGAGCUCACAACAUCCACGGGUAUCAGUGCAAUUCUACGAGACUAUUUGAUUCGCAAGAAAAAUGCAACUUCAUAGUAACUGAGGUGUUUGAUGUGGCAUUUUUUGGCGAAAAGGCCUUGGAAUCUAUCUUUCAUGCUUUGACGGUUUUGCGUACUGAGGAAGAAUACCGAAUUGUGCCAUGUCGUGCGAAAAUAUACUUUAGAGGUAUCAGCAGCAACGAAUUGAUGCAAAAACACCAAUGCAUCUCCACCAACUCCAUCAAUCUGCUAAACCUCCACGACGCGAUAAUUACCGAACACAACGCGGAACCUUACGAAGCGGAGCACCUCUCCGAAUACGACGUCACGUACAUGACGGAGCCGAUUUGCAUAAUGGACAUAGACUUUUACGACAUCGGCCAGAUACUCCACAUCCUCAACGAUACUGCUUUUCGUCCGGUCUAUAACGUCAAGGCCAAGCGGGAUGGCGUCUUGCACGCAGUCACAGUCUGGUUCGAUCUGCAUCUGACGGAAAACAUUUCGAUCACGACUGAUCCACUCAGCGAGGACCGUGUCACCUGCUGGGAACAGGCCGUGAUAUAUUUGGAUCGGCCGGUCAGGGUGAAGGCAGGACAGAUACUUCCAUUCGUCUUCGCAGUUGUAAACUCGAAAUUGCAUGUUAAAUUUGUCUAUAAGAAGCACGACCCCCGGAAACACUUCUUGGUGACAAAAGAAGUCAUAACCUUCCUAAAUGACGAUGCUCUAGUAGAUAGCAUAGUUCAAAUGGCCAAAAAACUUCAAAAUGCCAAUUUAAUAGUUGUUGACGUCAACAUCGUACCGCUACUUGGAUUCCUGUUAUCCAAAAACAACAACAGCAAAAUAUAUUACACCCUCAAAAACGAUACAGACGCCAUCUUUUUCGAUUACAUCAUGACCCAGAAUAACCUACCGAAAGGUAGAUUAUCGAUUCUCGACGAGGAGGAGUUAAUUGGUUCGCAGCGGAAGUGUCUGUUUUUCUUUGACGUGAUCAGCCCCGACGGUUUAUUGGAAACUUCCCCAUACAGGUUGGGGAAAAAACAGAGGACGAUCAAACUCCCGCAAGGCGUGAGAGUUAGUGUUCAGCUGAUUUAUUCAUCUUAUAUUGAUCGCUGCAAUAGGGUCUUAGAUGAGAACGUUCUCGGUUUUAGGAUUGGGGAAUUCAUGAAUGAGUACUCGGGUUACGAACAUCCCAGUCUUGAAAAAUUUGAACAUACGGUGCAUUCAGAACCAGUGGAGUUCCCGCUAGGUGGCAACGGAGAAAAGACCAAAAAAGUUAAGGUGACAAAAGGAGGCCUGGUGAACGCACUGUACAUGUGGUUUGACAUACAGUUCUACGAAGACAUAAUCUUCUCUACCAAAAACAGUACUCAUUAUAAAAAAACGUGUUUUUUCUUCAGUUCUAAGGCGGUAGAAGAAGACGAUAUUUUAUGUAUAAAGAUGAAUUUAGAAGGUCCUUAUUUAAAGUUUUCGUUAUAGCGAAUAAAUUGAUUUUACCUUUG